GGAACAUCUACACGACUAACGAACAAACUAUGGACACCCGAAUACUUUAAAACUAAAUACGGUGAAAUACAAUGCGAAUGUGUGGAUUGUAGGUCUGGUUUAACUCACGCAAUGGAUGUACAAAAAUUCUUUGAUGGUUUUGAGGAUAUCAGCGCUCGUUUCAGUUAUAGAGGAAAAUAUCCGUGCUUAAAGCUAAAGGACUGGCCGUCAACGGAUGAUUUUGCUGAUGUAUUUCCUGAUCAUUUUCAAGACUUUAUGAAUGCAUUACCAUUUAAGGAGUAUACUACUCGUCAAGGUGUCUUAAAUUUAGCUACUAGAUUACCGACAGACAUAAAUCGCCCUGAUCUUGGGCCCAAAAUGUAUAAUGCUUACGGUUCUGAAGAUGCUGAUGGCGGAAAUGGUACAACAAAUCUUCAUUUAGAUAUGACAGAUGCUGUUAAUAUGAUGGCUUAUGCACCAAAUGUCGAAAAUAGACUUGAAAACGAACAACUCAAGCCAUCAGCAGCUGUCUGGGACAUUUAUCAUAUUUCAGAUCUACCGCGCAUUCGUAGAUUCUUGCGUAAAAUUGCAAAUGAAAGAGGCUUACUAAUUGAUAGUCCCAUUCACGAUCAAUGUUUUUAUCUGGAUUCAACGUUGCGUAGUCGUCUUUUGCAAGAAGAAGGUGUUAGUG